AUGAUUCGUUUAGCAGUCGAGCAAACGGGUGUGGCAAGCUCCUCGAAGAGCAUCGUUCGCUGGGAACUGCGAUCCUUUAUUCUCCUCAGAACAUCUCCGCAGCCGAAUGUCGAGGAACGAAGUGGCGUAUGGCUAGAUAAGGGUCUCGCCCGACUUAGGGAACUGGGCGGCAUGGCGGCUCUGCCGCGUUUCUCCCUGAAGAGAUACUUUUUCUACGUGCUAUGUCUGACAGGCACGUUGCUCGUUCUGCUAAAUCUGCUGCAGGACGAGAUAUGGCACAGCAUGCGGCCGCAUCCCGGCCAGCCGCAGUCCGUUCGAACUGCCGGCGAUGGUGGACCGAAGAUGAAAUCCGAUUGGCCUUUGAAAUCGAAGAAGCCGACGGCGCGAGUAUUACGCACUCGGGAGCGAGUGAGGAAAAGACAUCCGUCCGAGGCUUUGAAUGUCAAUGGAACCGCAAACUUGGGCGAAAGCUCGAUAGAUUUGGAUCCAUCGCGAAGACCUUGGUACAUGAAAGGAGGAACGAGAAGACCCUAUCCGGCAAUAAGAACUCGCAAUAUUGGUCGAAGAUUAGCUCAAUUAUGGCCGGAGGAAGAUGCUUACGAUGAUCGUGUGACUAAUCAACUAAUGUUUAUGCCACCCGAUUACAACAGAACAGGCGGAGAGCAUCCACUGAAGAAAAUAAUGAUUCCUCACGGGAUGACCGAAGCAAAAGUCGGUCCUGAUAUAUUCUUCCAGCAACGCUGCCCGGUAAAUACUUGCACGAUUGUCCGUGACAAUCCGGACGAUGCCGAUCUUAUUCUGUUUAAGGAUUACAUCACGCAUGUGGGACGAAGGUCUUAUAAUCAGGUGUGGAUGCUGUAUUUUUUAGAAUGUCCUUAUCACACGCAAAGUGUAAAAAACGCUCUUAUUAAUUGGACCGCCACAUAUCGGCGUGACAGUGACAUAGUUGCACCUUACGAAAGAUGGCAAUAUUAUGAUUCCAGUAUUACACAGAUCCCACAAACAUUUAAUUAUGCAGCAAACAAAACAAAGAAGAUCGCUUGGUUCGUUUCCAACUGCCACCCCCGAAAUCAGCGCAUGCAUUAUGCCAGGGAACUCUCGAAAUACAUUCAAGUGGACAUUUACGGUGCGUGCGGUAGUCUACGUUGUCCGCGGUCGCAGUCGCAAACGUGCUUCGAUAUGCUCGACGAGGACUAUAAGUUCUAUCUCGCCUUUGAGAAUUCCAAUUGCAAAGACUACAUCACGGAGAAGUUCUUCGUCAACGGACUCGGGUACGUGCGAUGAUGUCUGUUACUUUCUGUCUCCCCCUCUCUCUCU